GAUCUGCAGAGCCCUUCACAUAUUUGCACAUUAUGCUGUAGACAAUGCUGUCCUUCCGUGGCAUACGACGAGCCUGCCCGGUGUCAAGUCGUCAUCUCCAUCUUCUUCAUCCACAUACUGCCCUGCCUUCCCGCUUGCUCGCGAGCGGCCAAGUCCUGCGAACUUCAAUAGCCCCCCGCUCGUUCUCUACUUCUUCAUACCGGCAAGAUGUCUCCGCGACGCCCGAUGCGCCUUCCGCUCAGGACGUUGAAAAGGUAGUCCGAGAGGCCAAGCAGCGUUUCCGUGACACACUCCCCAAGGACUAUCUCAACGAGCAAGAAUACGCCCUUUACGAGCGACUGUACGGUCCACCCUUGCGCGAAACCCGCCCUGAAGAUGUUGGCAUACCAACUCAUGCAGACAUGGGACGUGCAUCCCUGCGCCCGAAAGAUGAAGGAGUGCUCCUGCGAUCGCUUGAGGAUGGAGGGUUCGAGGAGGUGACGUACGAAAUUGACGGACCGAACAAUAUUGCCGACACAGAUACCAUGUCAACCUCCGAAGACCCGGGCGAUGCCUCCCUACAGGGCCUGACCCAAAGACCCCCAACUUACGUUGAAGCUGUAGCUAGAAAUCAGCGCGAACUUGAUGCGCUACAAAAGCUUGCUCAGGACUUCGAGGUCGCCCAGAAGAAACAGAACGAGAAGGAAGAGGCUGAUGGGUCGACCUCUCAAGACUUGGUGGAGGAACAAGACUCUACUUGGCCGAUUGAAGCAGAGCACGAAGGCUUUCAUCGAGAGCCUGGGGAAGUUCGCCGGUUUCACAAAUAUACGCUGGAUGGGAGGUUCCAUGGCAGCCCCAUCGAGAUUAGCCUCCCCCGCGAGGAAUUCGUGGGACCUAUUCGCGAGCUUCUCGACAGAACUCAUUUCAGGCACGUCAGCAAGGCGGCUGAGGAUGCAUUCGGCGGUCCAGGCCUCCCAACGUCCCCAUCAACACCAGAGGGCCUCAGGAGUGGUCGCAUGGGCGGCGUUGGGCUCCCGCCCGACCAGCGCAAAAUGACAGAAAUUGAAGCAGACGCCUUCUUAGCCGGGUACCUACCUCCGUCGUACGCAUCCGUUGCAUGCAUCCUCCGCGAAGUUCGGAAACGAGUUGGGGGUGACUGGAUCCAGUCCCGGUUGAAGCGGGACCAGGAGGGCGGCCUGAGUGUUCUCGAUGCAGGUGCCGGCGGUGCCGGCUUGGUUGCCUGGGAACAGGUCCUCAACGCGGAAUGGCAACUGCUCAAGGAAAGAGGUGAGGUCAAGGGGUCACAUCCGCCUGGGAAGAAGACGGUCAUUGCCGCAUCGGAUCGGCUGCGCAAUCGACUCAAGAGCUUCCUCCAUGACACGACCUUUCUACCGCGACUACCAGAUUACGAGCAUUCUGGCGAGAUGCGUGGCAAGCACCUUGACGCCGGGCCCGAACCCCAGCCACGCAAGUCUUUCGACGUGAUUAUUGCCUCUCACCUUUUUCUCAAGGAGACACAGGACCAUUAUCGCCAGGCUGUUCUCAACAACCUCUGGAACCUCCUUAGCAAAGACGGAGGCAUCCUGAUUGUUAUCGAAAAGGCACACCCUCGUGGAUUUGAGGCCGUCGCCCACGUCCGAGACACGAUUUUGAAGCAGUUUCUCCUGCCCCAAACUGGGGAACCUACCGUCGCCCCUGAGGACUUCAACCCGGCAUUCCAUCGCGAGCUUGAACCCGGGCACAUUGUCGCGCCAUGCACAACCCAAGGGUCGUGCCCGAUGUAUCAGGAACAGGGCAAGAGCAAAGGGCGGAAGGAUUACUGCCAUUUCAGCCAACGAUUCGUCCGGCCGACGUUCUACAGCAAAAUAUUAGGAAACAUGGCAGACAACCAAGGCGACGUUGAAUUCAGCUACGUGGUAGUUCGACGCGGCGUGCCCAAAAGCAGCCCGAUGACUGGCAAGGAGGCAACAGAGCGGGCAGUGCAGGGCUACGAGGCCUCGGAUGCUCGCCCCGAUAUGCAGACGUUGCCGCGGAUGGUGCUGCCUCCAUUGAAGCGAAAGGGUCACGUUACUCUCGACCUUUGCACACCCGAGGGCCAGAUUGAGAGGUGGACAGUUCCCAAGAGCUUCAGCAAGCUGGCCUACCAUGAUGCUAGAAAGUCGCGAUGGGGAGACUUGUGGGCUCUCGGGGCGAAGACACGCGUGGCCCGCAAGGUUCGCGUCGGAAACGGCGCGGACGAGAAGCCGCGCAAGGUCGAGAUCACCAUGGAUGGUGGGCGCAUGUCCGCGGUUGAAAAGAAUGCGUCUCGAGCCAGACAGCCCAAGAGCAGGGCGGCCAAGUACAAAGAUGUUUUGGGGGAGAUUAUUGCCGCGGAAGAGAAGGAAGAGCGCAUCAUUGAGCAGCAAAUGGACGAGGAAGUGGAGGCGGAGCUGGACGAGCGAGAAGGAAGGCCCCGCGGUAGACGGCGAGGAGGCAACAACAGGUGAUGACUUGUAUCAACUAGAAUCUUGUACACUACACGACGGGAGCAGUUCUCCCACGACUGGAGAUCGAUACCUACCCAAACGAAUGUGGGAAAACGCACCUCCGGUUGCUCACAAAACUCGUUCAUUUCUGGUCUGGGGCGACCUGCCGUGACCAACUCCAGGAUAUGCCACCACCGCGAACAAGUGUAUAUUUUUGCCUUGUCGUCUUGCGAGCGUCAUGUCGGACUGUGUUCAUGUGCAGCGCUAUGAGUGUGGAUGAUGAUGCCAUCGCGGCCCAGCGUGGAGAGACAAGGGUCCUGCUGCCUCCGACAGCCCACGCCCGACUGCCGA